UACAAUAAAAUUCUCUCCGUAAAGUCAAAUUACCGCGUACGUAAAAUUGUGAGUUUAAACAAAAUGUAAAUUGACAUAUUGGAAUAUUCAAAUAAUUAGGUCGAAUGUCGAGGUCUCAUUGGAUACAUUUGCAGCAAACGUUUAAUUAUUUAUCGAAUAUAUUUUAUAUUUUUCACUUUGCGUAUGUUAUGACUGGGCGAUCUGUAAUCAACUCGACAAAUACAUAAUACUACGUACGAUCCAUAAUCAGAAGAACCGGUCAGUGUGUAAUUGGACGUUGUGGGAGACACGAUAGUUUUGUUGUGUAGGUUGUAGUAUUCGUUUUAUUUGUGGUCCAGACUUACUAGUGGACAUUACAUUGCCACUGGUGGGAGAGCACUCACUACCUUCUUUUGCAUAUACUCAUUCGCCACAACGAGAUUUAUUUCAUUUCAUUCAAUUCAUUCAAAUUAUUUUAUUGACUCUUGUAUUUAUUUUUUUUUUUUUAUCAGAAAAAUUAUUUAUUUUAUUUCGUUUUUGACCGGCACUUUUUUUUGCUCCGCCAAUAAUUACAAAAAUGCAACUGAUACUGCGUUUUGCAGCCUGGAUUUCAGCAAAGCUGUUACUACUUUUGAAGCCGUUUUUUUGGUACCGCGACUGCAUAUCGCCACCAAAAUUACCUCCGACUUCAGAUUCAAUGUUUGAACUCUCAGCUUGUCAAUUAGCAAAAAAAAUAAGACAAGGCGACAUAUCAAGUGAGUCCGUAGUAGAAGCAUACAUCCAAAGAAUAAGAGAAGUUGACCCCUUCAUAAAUUCGGUAGUUGAUAACCGCUUCGAAGAUGCUCUGCGUGAAGCCCGACAUUGCGAUAAAAUGCUCGAGGCUGGAAUAGUCACGACAAUGCAGCUUGAAUUGGAAAAACCUUUUUACGGUGUACCAUUCACUGUUAAAGAAAGCUGCGGGCUCAAAGGUCUCAGUUACACGGGAUGUACUUUAGUGCGUUUGGGAAUCAAAGCUGAUGAAGACAGUCUCAUUGUAGAAAGUAUGCGGGCUGCUGGUGGUAUUCCCCUUUGUGUUACGAAUACACCGGAAUUGUGUUCCGGGUUUGAGUCGACCAAUCCAAUUUAUGGUACAACUCUUAAUCCUUAUGAUGGAAGACAUUCCGCGGGCGGAUCUUCUGGUGGGGAAGGCGCAUUGAUUGCUGCCAGUGGAUCUCUUAUUGGAAUUGGAUCAGACAUCGGCGGGUCCAUUAGAGUUCCUGCGCUUUUUAACGGAAUUUUUGGACACAAACCAACCCCUGGAAUAAUUCCGAUCAAAGGACACUUUCCAAUGGUGGAAAAUAGCGAAUUCCAACGGUAUCUGACAUUGGGCCCAAUGACCAGAUACGCGGAGGAUCUUCAUAUGGCGGUAAAAGUUAUGACGAAAGAUUGUAAAAAAAAUUUACGUCUUGAUGAACCGGUUGAUAUUGCGAAGUUAAAUGUUUUCUAUUUGGAAGAUAUUGAUAACAAUUUUGGCAUCAAUACUACCAGUGAAGAUAUCAGAGACGCGAUUCGUCGUGCCGCUAAAUACUUUGAGACUUGCGGUGCUAAAAUUAGCAGACCUGUUAUUGAAGAGCUGAGUGAUAGUUGCGAGAUAACCGUGACGAAGCUUUUUACGAUGUCUGAUAUGCCCCCGAUAUUAAUCCAUCCAAGAGAUCCAAAAGGAAAAAUAAAUCCAUAUUUGGAAUUGGCAAAAUCAACAGUAGGACUUUCAAAAUAUUCAAAAUCAGCGAUAUUUAUGGCUAUUGUCAAAGAAAUGAAUGGUUUUGUUUCUGAAUCAAAAUUUCCAUACUAUGAAGAGAAAUUCAAAAGAUUACAAGAAAAAUUACUGAAUAUUUUGGAUGAUACUUCGGUAUUAUUCUUCCCAACAUUUAUAACUCCAGCUCCAGCUAUUGGUCAGUGUGUUUUAUUAACAGUAGCAGGUGUAUUUUGUCUCAUAUGUAAUGUUCUUGGUCUGCCAUCAACUCAAGUACCAAUGGGAUUAAAUAAGCAAGGCCUGCCAGUAGGAUUUCAGGUGAUCGCAGCACCUCAUCAAGACAGACUCUGUUUAGCGGUAGCCAAAGAGUUGGAAAAAGCAUUCGGUGGCUGGAUUCCACCAUCAAAAGUCUAGUUUAU